AUGACAUUCUCUGAAGCCGAACCUGCCAGUCCGAACCUGACACCUAGGCUCGGGGUGCCCAGGCUCGUGCUGCCUAGGGUCGGUUCCGGAGCGGGACGGAGUGCAGCCGAGGGGCAAAGGGCGGAUGAGGCGCGUUCAGCAGCAGAGGAACCGGGAGAGAAGAGAGCUGGAGAAGAAGCGAAGUUGGGUGGGAGGGAGAUGGAGGGGAUGGGGGGUCUUAGUCCCAGCUCCUUCACUUCUACCCCUGGUGUACAGUCACACAGCGUACAGUCACACGGCGUACAGUCACACAGCGUACAGUCACAUCCUGCGGACUCCCCCUCUCCCCAGCCCCGUGUGCCUCAUUCACACACUCACCCCUCGAUCCGCUCUUUUGUUCCCCCAGACUCUCCUUUUGGGGCAUCCCCGAUCCCCUCCUCUGAACCGCUCGUGCCACACUCUCACACGCACCCGUCGCAUCCCCCGUUCCUUCAGCCUGACUCCCCCUCCUCCCCCCAACCGCCUCUGCCGCAUUCGCACACUCACCCGUCGCACGCACACCCCCAAUCCCUUCACCCCCAAUCUCUCCACCCCCAAUCCGUGCACUCUCAAUCCCUGCAUUCUCAAUCACACCAUCCCCAAGCCUCUCGCUCUCAAUCGUCUCACUCUCUCCCAGAUGCUGCUCCCCCAUCUUCCCCUCCACCUCCUGCUGCCGGCACUCCUAGAAGUCCCCCUUCCGUCUCCCCCACUGCCCCAAACCGCCGCCCCGCGCCUUCCUCUCGCCACCCUGGUUACAAUCACUCCGUGAAUCCCGCUCCCCCGCGGCUGCACUCCCCCGUUAUAGGAACGUUCUCCUGGGGCGCGACUUAUAGCGGAUUCCGCCCCCCAGUUGCGCCCUCUAGGCCCGCGCGCACCCCCCCGUCCGCGCUGAAGGGGGGUGAUGGGGGGAGAGAAGGAGAGGGGGGGAGAAGCGAGGUAAGAAGGUCAGGGUCACGGGGAGGGGUUAGUCUGAGCGAUAGGAUUAGGGGGAAGAAAGAAGCAAGAAUAGGAGGAGGGGCGGGAGCAGGAGACAGGGACCCGGCAGGUGAAGGGGAUGAGGAGAUUGAAGGGGGCACCGGUGCACAAGGCCCGUAUUUAUCAAUACCCGGGGAGGAAGGCGAGGAGGGGAGUUUACCCUGGAAAUCAGGCUCGGCCGAGCCUGAGCUCACGCCCCGGUCCAACUCCCUCCCAAACGCCUGCUCGCCGUUCUCCCUGCUCCUCCCUUCAGAUAUCAACAGCCCGAAAUGGGCCGGCAGGGGUACCGGCAGUGGGAGAGGGCUGGGAAGUGGGUUAGGAGGAGUUGGGAGCGGUAGCAGCAGGCAGAACAGCCAGUCUAGGUACAGCCGGAGGGAGGGGCAAGCUCAGGGGGGGGAUCUGCUUGGGGUUGGGGAUUCUCCUGUCUGCUACAGCCCGGGCGGCAGCACUCGCCGCCCUGCUACAGCCGGGCCGCUGGGGGAAGCAGUAGAGUUGGCUACAGCCGGAGGGUCUGUAGCGGGGACGCCUGUAGCGGGUACCCCCACUGCCCGCACGCCCACGUUUGGGAGGCGGCUGAGGAGGCAGAGGGGGCCUUCUUUUGGCGGGUCUUCAGAGCUUCUGGGGCUUAUGGGGAAAGGGGCGCUCAAGAAGGGGUUGGCUGCGGGUUUGAAGAGUGUUCAGAGGUGGAGAGAGGGGGGGAGUGGAGCGGGGAGUGACGUGGAGUGGGAGGGCGAGGGGGGGUUGUGGGCUGGGGAGAGUUUUGAUUCGCCGCGAACGGGGGAGAGUGGGAAAGGGGGUGGGGGAGGGGGGGAGGGGGGAGCGGAGGCAGGGACUGGUGGUGCUGCUGGUGCUCUUGCUGCUGGUGGUAGUGGGAGCAGCAGGUCAGGUAGAAGGUCCCUUCUGUCGAGCUUUCUUUCGGAUUCAUCAGAUAAAGACAAGGACAGGGAUAGGCCGGGGUCUGAUUCUAAGAGGAGUCGUCUCCGAAGCAGCAGCUUUGGCUCGUUAUCCUCCCCUGGGGGUGCUGGUGCGGGUGCUGCUUCGGGCGCAGGUUCGGGCGCAGGUUCGGGUGCUGGUUCGGGUGCGGGCGGCGGUGCUUCGGGUGGUGGUGCUGCCGGCGGCGGCGUGAGCAGAAACAGCUUUGAUUCCAGUCGAGAUGGGGAGGAAGUGUAUGGGGAGGAUUCAGAAGACUUGGUACAGGAGGGAAAGCUAUGGGAGCAGCUAGAGGAAAAGUACCAGGAACCUCUCUCAGCUGAAGCUGCUGCUGCCGCCGCGUCUGCUGCCGCUGCUGCUGCUGCUGCCUCUCCAGCUGGUGCUGCUGGUGGCUUUGGCGGUGCUACCCCUAAUGCACCGUCACCAAGUGGCGCCUCCCCCUCUCUCGCCAUGGCUCUCACUCGAAGCAUGUCCCUUUCCCGUAGCAGGGCCCUUUCCCGAGGCAUGUCUAUGGUGGCUAGUCGUAGCAGCAGCAGGGAGGCAGGGGAUGAAGGGGAGACGGGUAGUGGCAGUGGGGUGGGAGAGGGGGAAGGGGAGAAGGCAGGGGGGAGUGGUAGGCAGGGGCGGGCGGGUGGGAGGGCGGCUUUGCCUCGGCCCAAGAAGAAACGGUGGAUGAGGAGGGAUGUUAUAAAGGAAGAGACGAAGGAGGAGAUUGAGGAGGAGAGGGAAGAGGCGGAGAAGCAGCAGAGUGGGUCUUUGGAGGUAGGGGAGGGGCAGGGAGCGGAGAAGGAGGGAGGACAGGUAGGGAGUGCGGAUGCUGAGGAGGAGAGGAGGAAUGAGGAGGUGAGGAGGAUUCUGCGUAGCUUGGCAGGUGGGGAGGGAGGAGGAGCAGAAGGAGGAGGGGGAGGAGGAGUAGGAGGGGGAGGAGGGGAGGAAGAGGAGGAGAAACGACCAUCUCUGGCAGUGAUGUUUCAGCGGUCUAUAAGCCUGAGGCCCGCACCAGGGGAGAGGCUAGGAGGAGGAGGAGUGAUGGAUGCUUUUAAAAGGCAGGUUACGCUGAGGGGCAGGUCUGAGAGAAUUGAGGAGAAAGAGGUGGGUGGAGAGCGGUUGGGAGGGAUGGAGCUGAGGAAACAGGUUACGUGGAGAGGGGACGGGAGGAGGGGCGAGGGGAGGAAGGGAGUGUUGGGGUUUAGAAGCCUUGCUGCUGCAGUUGUUGCGCUGGUGGGGGGAGGGCGUGAGGUGAAACACGGGGGUGAGGAGGGUUUGGGGGAGGAGGGUAAGGGGAGUGGGGAGGGUAUGGCUGGGACGGGUCGGAGAGAGGAGAGUGAGGGAGAGGAGGGGCGGAAGGAUGCGGAGGAGGAGAGUAGUGAUGAUGGGGAGAGGGGCACAGUAGGGGAGGAGGAAGGGAAAGAAGGGGGGGGAGGGAGGGAAGUGGAGCGAGGGGAGGAAGGGGAGAGAGGGGAGGAAGGGAAGGGCGAAGGGGUUAGGGAGGAGGUAAAUGAGGAAGGUAGGAUGGACGAGGGUGCUGGUGCUGGUGCUAGUGCUGGUGCUGGUGCUAGUGCUAGUGCUGGUGCUGGUGCUGGUGCUAGUGCUGGUGCUGGUGCUGGUGCUAGUGCUGGUGCUGGUGCUAGUGCUGGCGGGGUGAGGGAUUUGGGAGGAGGAGGAGGAGAAGGGAAGGCAGAUGUUCCCUCUGAAGUGACAGGAGAGGGGGCACCAAGGCAGGAACUCACUCCCACCCUCACUCCCUCACUCACUCCCACAAUCACUCCCUCACUCACUCCCACGCUCACCCCCACAAUCACCCCAACGCGCACCCCCAGCAGCAGUGCCCGGUUGACUGGCGUUGACUCGGCCACACUUGCUCAUGAAUCCGGUGUCGAGUCAGCUCAGGCGUUGACUGGCGUUGACUCGGCCGCAGUUGCCCAAGGGUCUGCUCUUGAGUCAACCCAGAUGUUGACUGGCGUUGACUCGUCUACUCUUGACCACGGCGGCAAGGCACUAGAUGCUGUCAACCAGCAGGGUAUGGGUUUGGAUUUGGGUUUAAGAGGGCGUGAUGCUGCCGCUACGGCCACCACCAACAGCAGCAGCAACACCCCGAUGAACAACAGUGGCAGGCCGCCUCUUCAGCGGACUAGUACAGAGAGAAUUGUUCGCUCUACUCGCAGUUUGGGUGCUCAGAAGUAUUUAUCCCCGUCCUCCUCGCUGGUCCGUCGGGUAGGGGUAGCAGGAGGAGCAGAGGGAGCAGCAGGAGCAGUAGAAGGAGCAGAGGGAGGAGGAUCGGGGGAGGUGGGUGGGGCAGAAGAGGAGGGUGAUGAGGGUGGUGUGGGGGUGGUUCGGGCGAGGCCUGGGGGUGGAGCGGCAGGAGUAUCGUUUUACUCGUUUGACAGGCAUCGAAUGGGGUUGGCUGCGAUGGAAGCGAAGAAGAGGGGGUGGAGAGGGGCGGAGAGGAGUGGGGCGGAUAGAUUAACGGUGGAGGGAGGGGCGGAAACGUGGGGAGUGGAGGGAGGGGCGGAAACGUGGAGAGUGGAGGGAGGGGCGGAGGUGUGGGGGGGAGGGGCAGAGGGUAAUGAAAGGGGUGAGAGGUGGGUGGGAGAAACGGAAUUCGCCCAACCUCGUGAGGGGUGGGGGGCGGUUGAGGAUGGUUAUGAGGGUGCAGGGCCGGACUUGGGGACUCAGACGUUGCAGUAUGGAGAUCAGUAUGGUGAGCCGCAUACAGAGCAUUAUGAGGGGCAGUAUGGGGAGCGGUAUGGGGAGCAGUAUGGGGAGGGAUAUGGGGAGCAGGAGCAGUAUCAAGUGCAGUAUGAGGGGCAAUAUGAGGGACAGUAUCAGGAGCAUUACGAGGGUGAUUAUCAGGAGGGUUAUCAGGAGGGUUAUCAGGAGGGUUAUCAGGAGCAGGGGCAGUAUCAUAAGCAUUAUGAGGGCGUAUUUUGA